CAAAACUUGAUUGGAGAUUUUUCCAGGAAGUAUCUGUUGCCCUUGGUUAGUGGGAGACAUCAGGAUCUCAAGAGCAUCUCGAUAUCAACUAUGGCAUCACUGUUGAAAGAUGAGUUCAAGCAUGUUAUAGACAGCUACACCAUUGUGGAUUGUAGAUACCCUUAUGAAUUUAAUGGUGGACAUAUAAAGGUCAGUUCAUGUUCAUCUUUAUUUCUCCCUCUCUCUUUCUCUUCUUCCAUUUUUGUUUUCUCUCUCUCACAUCUUAACUGUAGAAGUAUCAUCAUCUUCCAUUGCGAAUUUUCUUCCGAGAGAGGGCCGAAAUUAUCGCGAUUGCUGAGAAAAAAAGAUAGAGAGUUGAAUGAAUAUCCGAAGCUCAAUUAUCCUGAAUUGUACCUGCUGGAAGGUGGAUACAAGGCUUUCUUCUCCACACAUCCGGAUCUGUGCGAACCCAAAGGGUACAUCCCUAUGACGGAUCCCAGUCACGUGAGCGAACUCAAGUAUUUCCGGAACAAAUCAUCGUCG